AUCAUUGUUCAAUAAUCAAACUGAAAAAAUGCAGUCAGGAAGAAAAGCCGCGGAGUCCGUUAAAGAAUCGGCUGCCAACACCUCCGCCUCUGCCAAGGCCGGCAUGGAGAAGGCCAGGGCCACCGCCAAGGAGAAGGCCGAGAAAAUGACAACGAGAGACCCGGCGGACAAAGAGGCCGCCACUCUUGAGAAAGAGAUGGGAAAUUCCGAUGCAGAGCUCAACACGGACGCCGCCAAGGCACACAACGAAGCGACCAGGUGCCUGGUGGAGUCCGAUGGACCUCGCCCUGGAUACAAGACACGGGGCACUGAACCUCCCGAAACGACCACUGCCACCGAAGACUACGUCGAUGAUUACACCACCCCUGCUGCUGAUCCCCGUUAUCACCCCGGACCCACCUCCGGAGGCGCUUACCGCUGAAGUAGCUAGCUGGGCUUAGUUAAAGUUUCUAGCCAGUAGUAUACAUUUUCUCGCUGAAGUUUUUACUUUCCUCUUUUGUUUUGA